CAACCUCAACCUCAACCUCAACCUCAACCUAUCUCCUUCGGUCUCUAUCCUUCCUGUCUCACCUACCAACAAUCCAUCUACACUAAAAGAACCUCCUCAACUCAUCUAAAAUGCAAUCCGUACGUCAAGUCGGCGCAACCAUUGGCUCGAAAGUGGGCAAGGUGGCAAUCUUAAUGAAGCAUGAUGAUGACACUGUCAUUUGUGCUGCAGUCAGAACCCCGAUCACACGUGCAAAGAAGGGUGGCUUUAAGGACAUGUGUCUUGAAGACCUUCUCAGUGCAGUCCUCUCUGGUGUUGCUGACAAAGCUCAUCUUUCCGACAAGAGCUUAGUCGAAAAUGUUGCCGUCGGGAACGUGUUAGCCCCAGGCGGUGCUGCCACCGUCUCGAGAAUGGCAGUCCUCCAUGCAGGCUAUCCAAAUUCCACCGCAUUGAACACACUCAACCGUCAAUGUUCCAGUGGCCUCGCAGCCAUAACCCAGAUCGCAAAUGAGAUUGCCACUGGUCAAAUCGACAUGGGCAUUGCCGCUGGUGUUGAAUGUAUGACGAUGGGAUUCGGUGCUGGUGCCAUGCCUGAAAAGAUGUCAGACGCGGUCACUUCUGUUCCCGAAGCUGCUGAUUGCUUGCUACCUAUGGGAAUCACUAGUGAGAACGUGGCAAGUCAAUUUGGUAUUACCAGGAAAGAGCAAGACGAAUUCGCUGCAAACUCGUUUGCUAAGGCUCUCGCUGCUCAACGGGCCGGAAAAUUCAAAGAAGAAACUAUCCCGGUCAAGGCCUCCUGGUCUGACCCUAAAACUGGCGACCAAAAGGAAAUCCUGGUCUCUGAAGAUGACGGUAUCCGUGCUGGUGUAACCGUCGAAUCCUUAUCCCAACUCAAACCGGUCUUCAGCAAAACCGGGUCCACCCAUGCCGGCAACGCGUCUCAGGUCUCUGACGGUGCAGCCGCUGUGUUGCUAGUAAGGCGCUCGUUAGCCAAAAAGCUUGGCUUGCCAAUCUUAGGAAAGUUUUAUACUUCUGCCGUUGUGGGUGUCCCACCACGCAUCAUGGGGAUCGGCCCCCUUUACGCGGUUAAGAAGCUCCUAGAAAAGUGCGGGAUUCGCAAGGAAGAGGUUGACUUUUAUGAAAUCAAUGAAGCAUUUGCGUCUCAAGCGGUUUACUCGAUCAAGGAAUUAGGAAUUCCGUUUGAGAGGGUCAAUCCCGUCGGUGGUGCCAUAGCCUUCGGACACCCCUUAGGGGCCACCGGAGCCAGACAAGUAGCGACUGGCUUUGCCGAGGCCAAAAGAUCGCGAGCAAACAUCUUUGUUACAUCCAUGUGCAUUGGAACUGGGAUGGGAAUGGCGGGAUUAUUUGUAAACGAACAAGCUUAACAACCUGGCUCGAGUUGAUUCAAUGAGACUCCCACUCCCCGAUCAUCCUCAAUUUCAUUGGAUGAGUUUGUUGUAAACAUUCAGUAAUAUAAAAUUUCUCUCUUAUCAUCAUUACUCUUGUGAUUGUAUCUUCUUUUUAAGCCUAUAGGCCCAUCAAGCAAUGUUGUAAUGGACCCCCCCCCCACCUCCUCCAAGAUUUUUGACCGAUACAAGCUAAAUUGCAAAAAAUGUGACAUUUGUUAUCAUUGG